AUGCCUUGCGUGUGUCAGUAUGAAUACACAAAUAUCGUGCCAUCAAAUGGCACGAAAAUUGUGCGACUAGGGUAUCUGUUCACGUACGUAGACGAGGUGCUCGACAUGCAAGGCGAAGCAGAGUCCAGUAUUUUCUCGAUUUCGUAUCCUGUGACGCACGUCGCACCCAUCCUCGGUAGAACGCUGAGCGCCGUGCUCGGCUUGGCGGGGCUCGUCGCAGUCGGGUGGUGGAUGCGGCGAAGGCAAACGAAGCAGCAGGCACUUGAGCGUGCCCAGGACAUGGCUGACCGAUGCAUCGAGGCGCAUCGGACCCGGUGUGAUGAGGGCAUGAACGAUGCCUUUCCUCUAUCGAUGCUGACGGAACCUGCCACUCAGGCACCCAUCCGUGCUCGCGAUUUAUGGCGGAUUUCUGAUUAA